AUGGGGAACUUCGAUAUGCUUCCAGGAGAGAUCGUCUUCAACAUUUUAACACGUUUACCAGCUGAAUUAGUUCUAGAGUGCAAGUUAGUGUCCAAAUCUUGGAAUAAAGUUGUUAGUUAUCCAUCAUUUUCUCAAACUCACUUGGAUCGCUGCCUUGAGGAUCUUGAUUCUGGUGGUAAGUCUACUUUCCUGUUGGUGAAUGACGAUUUUGUUUUUUCAAGUUUUUCCUACAGAAAGUUUCAUUACUUGGAAUAUCAAGAUGACAGUUCUUUAGAGAACCCACCCUUUUAUAGAGUUAAAAGAAUGAAAAUAAACCCUGCUCCUUAUAUGUAUUACUAUCUUGCUGGUGCAUGCAACGGUUUAAUUUGUCUAAAUGGAUGCCUUGAUAAUGAUUGGGUCAACUAUGAGCCUGUUUAUAUCUGUAAUCCCAUCACCAGGGAAUGUGUUUAUCUGCCUGUAUUUGAGAGAACACUUGGUCUUCUAGCUGAUUCUCACGGGACCGAUUGCUCACUGGAUUCGGUUAUUGGCAAGGGAUGGAGGAACUUACAGAAGAAAUUCAACAAAAAACUGGAUUCGUUUAAAUGUGUCCGUGGUGUGUUUGUGAAUGAAUCUCUUUAUUGGAACCUUAAAAGUAAAACAGGCAACAUUGUCGCUUUUGAUUUGGCUAAUGAAAUUUUUGUCGAAAUACCUAAAGCUUUUCCCUCUUCUUCGAAUUAUGUACUCGGGGUAUUGGGGGGUUAUUUGUCAGCUGUCCACUAUGAUAAAUAUUCAAAAACGUCUGAGUUAUUGCUUUUGAAGAAGAAGGAAGAAGACGGGUCAUUAAGUUGGAUUAAAGAGUUCACGUUAAGCAACACGGAUACGCAUCAAUCACUUGCCCUUUCGUGUAGGGGUACAGUUCUAUGUCACUCAGGCACAAAGGUCCCAAGUUCAUGA